ACACAUACUAAAAGGAAACCAAUCACUUUACCAAACACUUCUUUCUUCUUACAUAGCGUAUCUGUUCCAUUCGGUAGUAGGUUGAAGAGGAAAUGGCCCUUCUUACAGCUUCAGACACUUUUGUUCUUUAUUUCCUAUGUUUCAUGUUGUGUUCAUUUGGUAUCUGUAAUGGUGGAAUAACUGGUAACUUUGUAAGAAAAAAGUAUUCACCUGAUAUGCCCCUAGACAGUGAUGUUUUCCAGGUUCCUUCUGGUUACAAUGCACCCCAACAGGUGCAUAUUACACAAGGGGAUAUGGAUGGUAGUGGAGUGAUCAUCUCAUGGAUAACCCCUGAUGAACCUGGUUCCAACAUGGUUUACUAUUGGUCUGAAAAUAGUAACCAUAAGUACAAAGCUGAAGGGAUUUUUGUGAGAUACAAGUUCUUCAAUUACACCUCUGGUUAUAUUCAUCACUGCACCAUCAACAACUUAGAGUAUAAUACCAAAUACAUGUAUGAGAUUGGAAGAGGGGAUUCCAUUAGACAAUUCUGGUUUGUAACACCACCAAGAACUGGUCCUGAUGUUCCUUAUACAUUUGGUCUAAUAGGGGAUCUUGGUCAAACACAUGAUUCAAAUGUUACACUCACGCAUUACGAAUCGAAUCCGAAAAAAGGGCAAACAGUGUUGUAUGUAGGGGAUCUAUCAUACUCAAACGAUUAUCCGUUCCACGAUAAUUCCCGGUGGGAUACAUGGGGACGAUUCGUCGAGAGGAACGCUGCGUAUCAACCUUGGAUUUGGACUGCCGGGAAUCACGAACUCGAUUUCGCUCCGGAAAUUGAAGAAACUACGCCGUUUAAACCGUAUACACAUCGAUACUACGUACCGUAUGAAUCAUCACGUAGUACGUCCCCGUUAUGGUAUUCAAUCAAGAGAGCUUCAGCUUAUAUCAUUGUCUUGUCUUCUUAUUCGGCAUAUGGAAAAUCGACUCCUCAAUACAAAUGGCUAAAGAAAGAGUUACCAAAGGUGAAUAGAAGUGAGACACCAUGGUUGAUUGUUCUUGUGCAUUGCCCGAUUUAUAACAGUAAUUCGCAUCAUUACAUGGAAGGUGAAACCAUGAGAGUCGUAUACGAGUCAUGGUUUGUAAAGUACAAAGUUGACGUUGUGUUUUCCGGUCACGUUCAUGCCUAUGAACGAUCUAAGCGGAUAUCCAACAUUGCAUACAAUAUAUUGAAUGGAAAGUGUACUCCUGUUCAUGACCUGUUUGCACCGGUUUACAUAACAAUCGGAGACGGUGGAAAUCAUGACGGACCGGCUUUAGGCAUGGUGGAACCACAGCCAAACUUCUCAGCUUAUAGGGAGACGAGUUUCGGUCAUGGUAUAUUCGAUAUCAAGAACCGGACACAUGCUUAUUUCGGUUGGCAUCGUAAUCAAGACGGAUACGCUGUUGAAGCUGAUUCUUUAUGGUUUCAUAAUAGAUAUUGGAAUCCUUAUGGGAAAUCAUUUGUAGCAUCAUAUUGAUCAAUGUGAUUAAAACCAGAUAGCUUUAACCUAGUGUUUAGUUAUCUCCAUUGCUCCGAUUGCAAACUUCGAGUUUUAAGAACCGUAAUUACCCAGAAUUUCUUUCGGUUUUUCCUCUUUUCAAUGAAAAUGGCAUCAACCCGUCCUACAAAACCAAGUUUGAUGUUCCGUUGGGGCACACGAUGACCAAAGUAUUCGAUUGAGUA